UCUUCUGGACAUCCCCGAGCUCCCCACCCCACUUAACCCCACCCCGCGCCUGGCCCAGAUUGCGGGGCCCAGCGAAAGUACGGGCGGCGGCAUCGCUCUCGGAGGAUCCUGUCGCCUGCGGCCGCACUGGGUGGCGUUAGGGCGUGAGCCUUCUACAGGAAUUCCAGAGGAAGCGGCUGGGAGGCCUGGAAGAGCCGGCGGCCCCACCCUGCCUGCGGCGGCCGGCCCGCUCUAGGUGCCCAGUGGCCCUUUGUGAGACCUGGUACUUGGGCACGUCCUGGCUGCCAGGCUGGAUCCGGAGAAAAGGCGUUGUUUACCUUCCCGUGGCCACCUGAGUUCCGGGGUGUGGCAGAUCCAGCUAGAGGCAGCAUGGCCGAGCAGGAGCCCACCGCCGAGCAGUUGGCGCAGAUUGCGGCGGACAACGAGGAGGACGAGCACUCGGUGGGCUACCGGCCCCCGGCCCAGAAGAGCAUCCAGGAGAUCCAGGAGCUGGACAAGGACGACGAGAGUCUGCGCAAGUACAAAGAGGCCCUGCUGGGCCGUGUGGCUGUGGCCGCUGACCCCAAUGUCCCCAACGUUGUUGUGACCCGCCUGACCCUGGUGUGCAGCACAGCCCCGGGCCCCCUGGAGCUGGACCUGUCUGGGGACCUGGAGAGCUUCAAGAAGCAGUCGUUUGUGCUGAAAGAGGGUGUGGAGUAUCGGAUAAAGAUCUCUUUCCGGGUGAACCGAGAGAUCGUGUCCGGCAUGAAGUACAUCCAGCACACGUUCCGGAAAGGCGUCAGGAUCGACAAGACCGACUACAUGGUGGGGAGCUACGGGCCGCGCGCCGAGGAGUACGAGUUCCUGACGCCCGUGGAGGAGGCGCCGAAGGGCAUGCUGGCCCGCGGGAGCUACAACAUCAAGUCCCGCUUCACAGACGACGACAAGACUGAUCACCUGUCCUGGGAGUGGAAUCUCACCAUCAAGAAGGAGUGGAAGGACUGAGCGUAGGCCUGGAGGCAGGCAGGGUGAUGGCGGGGCGCACCCCCCACCCCUCCCCCACCCCCAUACCAAAGUGCUGACAGGGCGCCUGCCCACGCUGCGGUCUUUCCCCCUGGUCCGCCUCCCGGCCAGCCCGGCCCCCCUCGACCCUCCCCAGCCUGCAGCCCCCAGCCUCCUGGGUGGUCUCGUGUCACUGCUGCUUCAUUCUGUGCUGUGAGGGGAGGACGGCCGUAGCCCAGGCCUCCCCCUCCCCCUCUGUGUCCCUCCACGUUCCCCCACCUGUCCUGACCCCGCCUGAGGCCCUGGCUUUUCCGAGGCAGUGGGGCAUUGGAUGGGGUCUCGUGGUUUCAGUUGCCCCAACUCCCAUCGUCUCCCCCUGCGGGGUGGGGGUGGGGUGCAUGAUGCAGGGCCUUGUGGGGACCAGCCGUCCCCCAGCUGUCACUCUUCCCUGGUCAGCUUGCCCACCGUUGUCAGUAACCAUCUAACCAUGAUGCCUUAACAUGCAGAACGUGUGCGUGGGGCCGUCACUAAUCUCUGACCCCUGUGUCUGCAUGAGCAUGUGGUCUCCCCCAGUCCCUUUCCCAGCUGCAGUCCCGGUCGCCCAGGGAGGUGUAGGAUGUGCUGCUGCUGUUCCCCGGCCUGCCAGGGCCUGGCCAGCCCCCUCCCCGUGGCCCUCCCCUAGCCCGGGCUGUGGGGACAGUCCCAGGCGCUUAGGGAAAGCCAAAUUGCCAAAACUCAAGUCGCCUCCAGUCUCAUCGGGGAGGCUGGGUGUCCUCAUGCCUCUGCCUUCUUUGUCCCAGUGGGCAGCACCCAGACCCAGACCCCACAGCCCCGACAGACAGCCCUCGGUGGACAAAGCCAGCAGCCGAGCCUUACUUGUCCCACCUGGGCCCACCGGCCUGGAGUGGCAUGCCUGGCCUGUCAGUAUUUAUUGCCUCCAUAUGUGCCGUCCUCUGGGCCCGCUGGCCUGCCACCUCUGCCCCCAGGCUCGGUGCCACCAUCCCUGGCAGGCCCUCCCCGGACCCAGCCAGGACACCCGUGGGACCAAGCAUGCACAGUCGGAGCUGUCCCCUGUGCCACCCCUCCCCUCGCUGGUCAGGCCCGGGCUGGAACACAGGAACCCGUCCCUGCUUCUCCUUUUCAGACCAGGAAAUAAACUCCCCCCCAGAGGA